GGUCGUCACCCACUUCUGACCUCCAAGCCGUGCCGUGGAAUUCGUUGCGUUCCACCUGGUGUGUAAAAGUCUGCCGUGAGUCAUGACCGUCUAUAAAGAGCACACCCUGCUCCGUUCUGGACCAUAACGCCGCUGCUGCUCGCUGCUUCUCUGCUGCUGCUUGUCCGAAGGAGAACUCGUCAUGGCUAUGGUGUCCGAGUUCUUGGGUCAGCUGACGCUGGCGUACGGAGGGGAACCUGAGCCCAGAUGUCCCACUGUGGUUCCGGUGAAGGACUUUGACCCGACUCACGAUGCUGCCAGAAUCGAUGCUGCCAUUAAAACGAAAGGAGUGGAUGAACAAACCAUCAUCGACAUCCUGACCCGGCGAAGCUGCCAGCAGCGGCGGGAGAUCGCCUUUGAAUAUGAGCGAAUGGCCAAAAAGGAUCUGUCCUCCGCCCUGAAGGGGGCGCUCUCUGGCUCUUUGGAGGCUCUGAUGUUGGGUCUGAUGAAGAGCACCGCCCAGUUCGACGCUUCUGAGCUCAGAGCCUCCAUGAAGGGUCUGGGAACUGAUGAGGAGGUUCUGAUCGAGAUGCUCUGCUCCAGGAGCGAAGAGGAGCUGAUGGAGAUUAAGAAGGAGUACAGAGAGAUGUUUAAGAAGGAGGUGGAGAAAGACAUCGCCGGAGACACGUCAGGGAACUUCGCCAAACUGCUGCUGGCUCUGGUUCAGACAAGAAGAGACGAACCCUCCAACGUUGUGGACUAUCAGAAGAUCGACGAAGACGCCAGAUCUCUGUACGAAGCCGGCGUGAAACGGAAAGGAACCGACGUGACCACCUGGAUCUCCAUCAUGUCGCAGCGGAGCGUCCCACAUCUGCAGAAAGUGUUUGAGAGAUAUAAGAGCUACAGUCCCUACGACAUCAAGGAGAGCAUCAAGAAGGAGGUGAAAGGAGAUCUGGAGAAGUCCUUCCUCACUCUGGUGGAGUGCUUUGAGAACCGGCAGCUUUACUUCGCCAACAGACUCAACGACGCCAUGAAGAGUAAAGGAGCCAAGGAGAAGGUUCUGACCAGGAUCAUGGUGUCCCGCUGUGAAGUGGACCUGAUGAAGAUCAGAACAGAGUUCAAAAAGCACCACAGGCGGUCCCUCUACCAGACCAUAGCGGAGCACACCAAAGGAGACUACCAGAAGGCUCUACUCAGUCUGUGUGGAGGAGACGACUGAGGCUACAGACUCCGUUUCCCAGGAUUCAGUGGAGCUGCUGCCACGCCUGGCGCUCCAACAUGUCAGUUUGCUGUGUUGUUUGAGGUCAUAGCCACCAGGGAGCAGCAGAGCCCACCUCUGAAGAGCAGCAGGUCGACCCCGAGGACUUAAGAUGGUUUUCUGUGGAGUUAAAGAAAAAACACACACCUGUUCAGAUCUGUCAAACUACAAAUCAGACCUCUGUUCUGUGAUGAAAAUAAAAGUUCUGAAAUGAAA